UCGAAUUGAAAGGUUCACAGAUUGCUAUGUGUAGUCUAAUUUCUAACUUUUUAUAUAUUCAUCCAUUUACACUCGCCACUUCAUCCUAAUACAAACACCCUAAACAGGGUGCCAAUGCAUUGCAAGGCAACACACACAAAAUAAAUGUUACCUGUUUAUUUACUGAUACCUAGAAAAGCAAUUUGGAAAAACAUACCUGCUUUCUGCAUUUUUGGAAGAUGUAUGCAUUGGUAACCCAGUUGCACCACAGCUGCACCACUGUGCCCAUCCUAAUAAAUGGCACAAAGCAAUAUGGGUGAAUAAGUGAGUACAUAAUGCCAUGCAAUCCAUUGGUGCCCCAUGCAGGGUGUAUUUCAGGGUGUAUUUCAUAUACUGUAUUGUUUCUGGGUGGUGCCAGACCCACCGUGACCCUGACCAGGAAGAGACAGUAUAUUAAUUAUUGAAUAGAAAAUCAUUUUGAUUAAUAAGUAAGUAAGUAAGUAGGGCAGCUGUAGCCUAGUGGUUAAGGUACUGGAUUAGUAAUCAGAAGGUUGUCGGUUCAAGCCCCACCACUGGCAGGUUAGCUCUGUUGGGCCCUUGAGCAAGGCCCUUAACCCUCAAUUACUUAGACAGUAUACUGUAAGUCACUUUGGAUAAAAUGUAAUCUGUUUUCCCUAAAUUAGUGUCACUCUUGGGACACUUUAAAACAAAAUUCAGGAAUUUCAUCAGUCCUCAGAGUGAGGCCCUCUUCACUUUUACUAUGUUUUAUAUAACAGAUCUUUAUCUAUGUUCUUUUUUAUUGUUUAUAUGUGUUAUAAAUAUACCUGUCUUGUGUAGAAUUAUAUUUUUACGCUAUGCCUCAGGCAUGCAAGGCUAUACUUACUAAUGUUAACUAAUAAUUCUGUGUUUUCAUGACCUGAGUUAUUAAUUCUGCAGUUGCUUAAAUAUCCAACGCCAUUAAAGUUGUUUAAUUAAUUAUAUAUCUAUAUAUUUUAAAUUUGGUAGAAAGUGAAUAUUGGAGCUAACUUGCACAAUCUGGCAACCCGAUCUAUGCGUGAGAAUCAAGUUUAUGCCGGUCGCAAUGGAAGGUUUGGGCGCGUGGGAGGGGCGUGGCUAACCGAUUCACUUUUAUCUGAACGUACCGACAGUCCCCGCCCACUCGUCCCUCCGCCCCGCCCCCUGGCAGUAUAAAGCAGGGACAGUGCAGUGUAGGAGUUCAGUGAGGCUUUUGUAUAGUGUUGGGUCGGUGCCCACUCUGGAAAACUACUGCCAUGACCAUCCAGACGGAGACGAGCGUGCCCUCUCCAGCUCUGACCUACUCUAAAACACGGGGGCUGGUGGCUAAUCUCAGCGCUUUUAUGAAACAACGAAAAAUGGGACUCAAUGACUUUAUUCAGAAACUGGCAACCAGCUCCUACGCCUGCAAGCAUCCAGAGGUGGAGUCCAUCCUGCACUUGGCACCACCACAAGAUCCAGAACUCAUGACCAACAACCCCUCUCCACCUCCCAGUCCGUCUCAGCAGAUAAACCUCGGCCCUUCGUCUAACCCCACCGCCAAGCCCUCGGAUUUCAACUUCCUGAAGGUGAUCGGGAAGGGCAGCUUCGGAAAAGUGCUGCUGGCACGGCAUCGGGGCGACGACAAGUUCUAUGCCGUCAAAGUGCUCCAGAAAAAAGCCAUCCUGAAGAAGAAAGAGGAGAAACACAUCAUGUCAGAACGUAACGUCUUACUGACAAAUGUCAAGCACCCGUUCCUGGUGGGCCUGCACUACUCCUUCCAAACUGCUGACAAACUUUACUUCAUACUUGACUACAUCAACGGUGGAGAGCUUUUCUAUCACCUACAGCGGGAGCGGUGCUUCCUGGAGCCGCGCGCCCGCUUUUACGCGGCGGAAAUCGCCAGCGCUCUGGGCUACCUGCACUCCCUGAACAUCGUCUACAGGGACCUGAAGCCCGAGAACAUCCUGCUGGACUCGCAGGGACACAUCAUCCUCACCGACUUCGGCCUGUGCAAGGAGAACAUCGAGCCCAACGGGACCACGUCGACGUUCUGCGGGACGCCUGAGUAUUUGGCUCCUGAGGUGUUGCAUAAGCAGCCGUAUGACAGAACGGUGGACUGGUGGUGUUUGGGUGCUGUGCUGUAUGAGAUGCUGUAUGGCCUGCCGCCGUUCUACAGCCGCAACACGGCCGAGAUGUACGACAACAUCCUGAACAAACCCCUGCAGCUGAAGCCCAACAUUUCCAACGCUGCCCGACAGCUGCUGGAGGGUCUGCUGCAGAAGGACCGAACCAAGAGGCUGGGCUGCACUGAUGAUUUCACUGAGAUCAAGAAUCACAUGUUCUUCUCUCCCAUUAACUGGGACGAUCUGAAUGCCAAGAAGCUCACGCCUCCUUUCAACCCUAACGUGACCGGCCCUAACGACCUGCAACACUUCGACCCCGAGUUCACAGAAGAGCCGGUGCCCAGCUCCAUCGGCUGUUCUCCGGACAGCGCCCUGGUGACGGCCAGCAUCAGCGAGGCGGCCGAGGCCUUCCUGGGCUUCUCCUACGCCCCCGCCAUGGACUCGUACCUGUAGAUCGCCGGACACGCCGCACCAUAGACUCUGAACUGUAGAUCAUCGCCAUGGAAAUGCCGUCCCAUGGAUUCCCACCUGUAGUGCAUCACUAUGAGAAUGAAGCCAGCCCCAUUUCACCCCCCCCCUCCACCCCGGAUUGGGGGGGUUUGUUUGCACAUGGCCUUAGGCAGCUCCACAGGCCUCGCUUUAAAGGCCCGAAUCUCACGAGGCAGAACCGACUUCAUCUUUAUCUUCGUCAUCACCGUCAUCGUGUGCGCAAAAAGCAUGAUCGCUUCUCCGCUUACGCCUGGGUCGCUGUUAAUGGACAUCGAGAGAGAGCAGGAACGCUGUUCGAUGGACUUUUGUUUUUAUUUUCUCACCACACAUCAUCCUGACCGUGGGUGUCGCUGUCUGGAAACGUAAAACGUCAAAGUUUAGCUUUCCAGGAUGUAUUUAUAUCAGGGCUGGGCGAGAUGGCAACGUUUAGUUUUACCAGCACUAAGAGAACCAUAGUGCCGCAUUUUAAAUUGUGGAGAACAUGCCAAAUCCUCAUUUCUUUAAUAUGUACUCAAUUUAUUAUUGUGUAAAGUUUGUUAGGAAUGAAAAGGGCCUGCGUUCGAUUCCUCUACCGGGAAGUCAGGGUCCUUUCUGUGUGGAUUUUGUAUGUUCUCCUUGUGCUUUGUUUUCCUCCCACAAGUCCACAGACAUGCAGGAUAAAGCGGUGGUAAAACAGACAUUCAGUGAAGUUUGUUAUGUUCUCCUUGUGCCUGCAUGGGUUUUAGUUUUGGAUUCGUGCUUUUGGUUUUCUAUUCCCUUACAAAACCAUGUCAGUAUGUGGAUUGGCUUAAUAUAAAUAGUUUUUGGUUAAGGAUCAGUGAUUAUGAAUGAUGAAUAAAUGACCAAAAAGUCAAGUAAUACAGAUACAAAUUCAAUAUCAUGCUGUCAUAUCGUCCAGCCUUGACGUAUACGUAUAUGUGCCUUCAUCUCCCACCCCGUCUCCUCACGCCGGUCAUGUGACCAGCCUCUGACGACCACAUGACCCCAGGUUUGGUCUUGCACAUCUACCGUUUCUCACCACACUGAUUUAACCGUCACGUCUCGAUUUUUCUUUGUUUCCCACGACUUGACCGUGAUGUUUAUUAUUGUACCAUGAUCGAGUGGACCAAACGCUGGAAAGGUUCUGCUGCUGUGUGUGUGUGUGUGUGUGUGUAGAUGGACGCCUGACCCGACCAAUCAGACGCCUUAGUCUCACCUUAGUCUUCCAGCCUCCUGCUCGCCACAUUCCACUCGAUAUUACUGUGUACUGCUAUUUAAGUUUGUUUGUAUAUUUCGAGUCCGUGUAUUAGUUUUAAUAUAUGUGGAACUAAGGAUAUGCUUCUACGUAACAAUACCUGUCCAGAAGAUGUACUGUACAUUGUCAAAUGUGACUGUUUGGUUUGCAAUAAAAGUUUAUUGUUA